GUAGAAAAGAACGGCGCCUGCGAUCUGUUUAUGAGUUCAGAUGAUGGUGGUUACAACGGUGACACUUUUCGUCGGAGAUGAUUGGAAUAGAUGGCGUCAAUGUUAAGAUGGUUCGGGUAUGGAAAAUCUGGUUACUUCUGUCGGCGGUAACAAUUAGCGGGGGGGGGGGGGGGGGGAUUCGACUCUGUCAAUAGGCGCUAUGGUUACUUUUGUCGUUUUCAUCUUAGGUAAGAAGCAGACCUUGGGAUGGUUCCGCUACUUGCAAGAUUUGGGCAGCUUCCACACAAUGAGCUGUUGUGGGUGACACAGUCUCUUGGUUAUGCUUUUCAUGAUUCAAUCGUUCACCGUAAGCAAGGGUGAGAAGAUUUCUCUAAGCCGAAGAGUCGAGAAACAUUGGCGAUUGAUCGGCUGGGACAAAUCCAGGCAGGUCUAACUCUUGAAAUGCUUGGAACUAGAGUAUCCUCUUGUAAAAAUAAUUCAAGUAUCUUCAUGUUAUAUAUCACCUAUUUGUGUUAUUAACUCAAAUAUUUAUGAUUAGAGCACUUAAAGUUGUGUUAAAUUGGAUUAGAGGCAGUUUUUGUAUUUGUUAACAGCCGAUUUUGAAUUUUGGCUUUCGUCGUAUGCUAAAGCAAAGCGCAAUUGAGUUACUUAUGUUCCUAUGUUGUGCGUCUACGCCGCCGCAACGCGCGGUCGGUAAAAAAUCUAGUUUAUUUAACUUUAUGCAAACAACCUAGAAAGUUCCAUGGUCCAAAUCCAAUCAGUCCACUAGUACUAAAACUUCACAUGUAGAGGCCGAAUUUACCAAACAACUUCCCAGCGGCCAAUUCGAAAGCCACGUGACACGAUCCAAAAAGUGAGUAACGUGGCCCUCUUAAUAUCCAGUAUUGUCUUCAUCCCUUCCCCUAUAUAACUAACUAAUCCACCACCUCCAUCAACAACCACAAUCAAUAACAAACAUUCAUUCCACAACCUUCUUCUCUCAAUCAUCCAUUGUAAUGGCUGCUACUUCAGUUUUCAUGGCAACCCCCGUUGCACGUCUCACCACCACCCCUUCUUCAUCUACAAGAAACAUCAACUUUGCUGUCGUCAGAUGCACGUCACAAGAUCAACAACCUUCAACCAAAACUCCAGCCACACCAACUCCGCCUCCGCCACCACCGGCGCCGAAGGUCAGCACCAAGUUUUCCGACGUGUUGGCCUUCGGUGGGCCUGCACCAGAGAGGAUUAACGGAAGGUUGGCGAUGAUAGGGUUUGUGUCAGCGAUGGCUGUAGAGUUGAGCAACGGUCAGGAUGUGUUCGCUCAGAUCUCUCACGGUGGUGUACCGGCGUUUGUAGCGACGAGUUUGGUGCUGUCGGUGGCGUCGUUGGUGCCGUUGUUUAAAGGGGUGAGGGCGGAGUCGAAGUCGAAUGGGUUGAUGACGUCGGAUGCAGAGCUGUGGAACGGGCGGGCUGCGAUGUUGGGUUUGGUGGCUUUGGCUUUUACCGAGUAUGUUACCGGCAGUCCACUUGUAUGAUUAAAUUUUUGUAUAUAGAAAAAGAAUCAUAGAAACAAAGAGUGCUACAUGAAAUUAUUUUCAGAUUGUGAAUUUAGAUGAUUUUGUCAAGAAAUGUUACUAGACAUGUACUUUGAAAAUGGAAGAUAUCUAUAAAAGUAUGUGGAUUGUUGCAA